GGAAGAAAAGUCAGGCAAACGCAAGCACGCACACACCACUGGGAGACCAGAACUUCUAGCUGGCUCUCUGCUCCACAGCUCCGCCGAAGGGAGGGGGUGGACCAGGAGGACUAAGCCCAGAGCUGAGAGGAGAGGCAGGUGUGUGCAGGUGCAUCACCUGGAUCAUGAGGUCUUCCCUCUGCUGGCUCCUCCCACUUCUCAUCUUGGCCUCCGUGGCCCAAGGCCAGCCAACAAGACGACCAAGACCCGGGGCUGGACCCGGACGCAGGCCCAGGCCCAGGCCCAGGCCCACACCUGGCUUUCCUCGGCCCCAUGAACCAGCAGAGCCUACUGACCUGCCUCCGCCCCUCCCCCCAGGCCCUCCGUCUAUCUUCCCUGACUGUCCCCGCGAAUGCUACUGCCCCCCUGAUUUCCCAUCUGCCCUCUACUGUGACAGCCGCAACCUUCGCAAGGUCCCUGUCAUCCCGCCCCGCAUCCAUUACCUCUAUCUCCAGAACAACUUCAUUUCUGAGCUCCCGGUGGAGUCCUUCCAGAAUGCCACGGGCCUGAGGUGGAUUAACCUGGACAACAACCGCAUUCGCAAGAUAGACCAGAGGGUACUGGAGAAGUUACCCAGCCUAGUGUUCCUCUACAUGGAGAAGAACCAACUCGAGGAGGUCCCCUCAGCCCUGCCCCGGAACCUGGAGCAGCUGAGGCUGAGCCAGAACCAGAUCUCCAGAAUCCCACCCGGCGUCUUCAGCAAGCUAGAAAACCUGCUGCUCUUAGACUUGCAACACAACAGGCUGAGCGACGGCGUCUUCAAGCCCGACACCUUCCAGGGCCUCAAGAACCUCAUGCAGCUCAACCUGGCCCACAACAUCCUGAGAAAGAUGCCACCCAGGGUCCCCGUGGCCAUUCACCAGCUCUACCUGGACAGCAACAGGAUCGAGAACAUUCCUAACGGGUACUUCAAGGGUUUCCCCAACCUUGCCUUCAUCAGGCUGAACUACAACAAGCUGUCAGACCGGGGCCUCCCCAAGAACUCCUUCAACAUCUCCAACCUGCUGGUGCUCCACCUGUCCCACAACAAGAUCAGCAAUGUGCCUGCCAUCAACAACAGGCUGGAGCACCUGUACCUCAACAACAACAGCAUCGAGAAAAUCAACGGGACCCAGAUUUGCCCCAACAACCUGGUCGCCUUCCACGACUUCUCCUCAGAUCUGGAGAAUGUGCCACACCUGCGCUACCUGCGUCUGGACGGCAACUACCUGAAGCCACCCAUCCCGCUGGACCUCAUGAUGUGCUUCCGCCUCCUGCAGUCGGUGGUCAUCUAACCCUCACUCUGUGCUGGAUCUCCUCUGACGGCACUUGAAGGCUGGGGGCGCAGGCACCUGUGCCCACUGUUGGUUUUCUCUGUCUCCCUUUCUUGCUCCCAGCUUCGCCUCUCUUAAUCCCACCCUUCUGAGGCAGGGAAAAGCCAUCUACACUGCUUGCAGCCUCAGGAGCAAGACUUCCAAGAGCUCGAUUUGGUCCCGCCCAGUUCAAAGACACCCAGUGCACACCCAAACUUCUGGCCUUCUGUGGUCUCCGUUAGCUCCAGAAACACAGAUGUGUGUCCAAAGA